AUGGAGGAAUUUGGCUCAACGUCGUCUAGAUGCGCCUUUCUACGACUCCGGGAUCGCAGAGGACGUAAACUCUGGACCAUAAGUGCUCACGCACCUACGGAAACCGCUGAGAACAACAGUAAGGACGCCUUCUAUGAUGAACACAAUGCGUUGAUGUCUAAAAUACCAAGUCAGCAGGUGGUCAUUGUCGGAGUCGACGCAAAUGCGAAGAUGGGAUUCGAACAGCAAUCCGAUGUGCUAGGAAAAUGGAAUUAUCCAGCGGAGGACAACGGUGACCUUCUGGUCGACUUGUGCGAACACACGGGCCUCAUUAUCGCUUCCACCUUUAAGAGGAAUCAUCGACGCCAUCAGCUCACGUGGCAGGAGUCAACCCUUUUAACGCCCGAAGAGCAGCGCAAGCGGAAGAUGAGGACUCUUAAGCUUCAGCUUGACUACGUUCUGGCGAGGAACAUUCCUCAGCCAGAUAUCCGAAAAUCUAGAGCUGUUUGA